AUGGCCGACAAGAUAAACCAAUUAAUUGAGAGUAAAGGAUUGAGAACUCUCGAUUUGUGGGCAAUACGCAUAAACUUAGCCUCACCAUCAAGAACAACCAACCAAAAAGACAAGCAAAGUGAGGCAAGAAUCAAGCAAAAAGACAAGCAAAGUGAGGCAAGAAUCAAGCAAAAAGACAAGCAAAGUGAGGCAAGAAUCAAGCAAAAAGACAAGCAAAGUGAGGCAAGAAUCAAGCAAAAAGACAAGCAAAGUGAAAGAAUCAAGCAAAAGACAAGCAAAGUGAGGCAAGAAUCACAAAAGACAAGCCAAGAAUCAGCAAAGACAAGCAAAGUGAGGCAAGAAUCAAGCAAAAAGACAAGCAAAGUGAGGCAAGAAUCAAGCAAAAAGACAAGCAAAGUGAGGCAAGAAUCAAGCAAAAAGACAAGCAAAGUGAGGCAAGAAUCAAGCAAAAAGACAAGCAAAGUGAGGCAAGAAUCAAGCAAAAAGACAAGCAAAGUGAGGCAAGAAUCAAGCAAAAAGACAAGCAAAGUGAGGCAAGAAUCAAGCAAAGACAAGCAAAGUGAGGCAAGAAUCAAGCAAAAGACCAAGAAAGUGAGGCAGGAAUCAAGCACACCCGAAGCACAAUUAGCGUCAACCAUGAAGUGCCACAUCAGUAACAGGAGGACACGUCUCAGGGCCCCAGUCUUCGCCACCUCUCAGGAUCUUCCAGUGAGCUGA